AUGCCGACCCUUGCGUUGAUUAACUUCAACAUUGUCUGUGCUACGUUGGGUGGGUUUAUCUCGGUCUUUGGCUUAGUGUCCUACUUGUUUAAGGAGAGAUUUUACCUAUCUGAAGCAUUAAUCUCAUUAUUGGCCGGGGUUAUCUUCUCUCCACAUGCAGCCAAUUUCAUAAGACCUAAGGAAUAUGCGCUCGGCUCAGAACAAAAUCUGGAGGAGAUUACAAUGUACUUCACCAGAUUAGUUCUUGGGGUUCAAUUGGUACUUGCCGGAGUCCAGCUUCCGAAACGCUACCUGCAACUAGAAUGGAAGAGCCUCUCAUUGCUGCUGGGCCCUGGCAUGGCUGCCAUGUGGCUAUGUAGUAGCCUUGUCGUUUGGGCCAUGAUCCCUAACUUUCAGUUUCUGCAUGCUCUCAUAAUUGGCGCAUGUGUAACCCCGACUGACCCAGUACUUUCCAAUUCGAUCGUGAAAGGUAAGUUUGCGGACAAGAAUGUUCCUCGACCACUCCAAAGGAUCAUUGUUGCUGAAUCAGGUGCCAAUGAUGGCCUCGGAUAUCCUUUUCUAUUUUUUGCUAUGUAUCUGCUCAAAUACACGGGUAUGGGAGGUGCAGGGUAUAACGGAGGCGCUGGGAAAGCUAUGGCUCUGUGGUUUUACGAGACCUGGGCUUACACAGUGAUAUUAAGCGUUGUAUAUGGGAUCACUGUCGGCUGGGUCUCCAGAGAAUUGCUUCACUGGGCUGAAGAGAAGCGUUAUGUCGACCGUGAGAGUUUUCUCGUCUUUGCUAUCGCCCUUGCACUUUUUAUUGUGGGUACCUGUGGCAUGAUUGGAACAGACGACCUUCUGGCCUGCUUUGUAGCAGGCAAUGUUUUCACUCAGGAUGACUGGUUCCGUCUCGAAACGAUGGACGAUUCGCUGCAACCAACCAUUGAUAUGCUUUUGAACUUGGCAAUCUUUAUGUGGUUCGGUGCCGUCUGCCCAUGGUCCUCCUUCCUGAACAACAAUAUUAUUCCAAUAUAUCGCUUGAUAUUAUUGGGGGUCUUGAUCCUGCUCGUUCGCCGGAUGCCGAUCAUCUUCGCAAUGCACAAGUAUAUCGGCCAAAUCGAGAACCUCCUUCAAGCAGCCUUCGUUGGAUUUUUUGGUCCCAUCGGCGUCGGUGCCAUUUUCUAUUUAUCGGUCAGCCGAGAAUUUCUACAGGGUAUCAUUGUUGAUGGCAAAGUCCGGGAUGAUGCACAGAAGGUUUCCGAGGCUGUUGAUGUUGUCGUCUGGUUCUUAGUCAUCUGCAGCAUUGUUGUGCAUGGUCUUUCUAUACCGUUGGUGAAAGCGGGAUAUCAUCUGCCGCGGACCAUUUCCCAUGCACUGAGUGUUGGUUCCACGCCCGAAGCAGAGCCGGUGCCGAUCGCGAACGUACAGCAUACCCACAGCACUGCAACACAAGACAACAACCGAGGGCGUAAACGGCCCGGCGCACCUCGGUCUACGACUUUGCAAAUAGGCCGAUCCAUCAUAAGAGCACAAUCGAUGGAUCAGCGGCAACUAGGUACAAACCAUGAAGGAGAGCCUGAAAGACCUGUAAACUUGGUAGUGCAGGAACCUGACAAUGAGGCUACCCCAGGCAGCAAUACAACGGGAGCUACGGAGUAG